CUAUUCCGUUGCCGAUUGAGACCAGGGGGGUGGAGCUGUAACCAUGGAUCCCAGUGUACUCGCCACCAUGGACAAGGACGCACUGAAGAAGCAGAUCGAGAAUAUGAAGUACCAGGCGUCCAUGGAACGGUGGCCUCUGUCGAAGAGCAUCGCGGCGAUGCGGGAGUACGUGGAAGAGAACGAGAAGAGCGACCCGCUGAUACACGCGCCCGACAAGAAGAACAAUCCCUGGGCCGAGAAAGGCAAGUGCAUAAUCAUGUAAUCGGUGCCGGCGCGCGGAGGAAGACGGCGGCGGAAGGAGGAGGAAACGCGUGCAUACAAAUCGAGGAGGCGAAGAGGAACCGGUCGUUCAUCCGCGGUGGACGGAAUCCCAGGCAGAGACCAAGAAAAUCGGGGAUGAAGAGGAAGAGGAGGCCGGUGGACGUGGACUGCGGUGCGAUCGCGGUUCGCGGAUCCGCUCGAUCGCGGCGAUGCGGUCAUCGACGAUCGUCCGCGGUUGUCUCGGACAUGAAGAACGAUCACGGCCUGCGAUCGAUCACGCCCGGUCGACGAGAUCGGCAUCGGGCUACAGCGAAUCUACCAGACCGUUCCGUUUCCUCGAUCGGAAUCGUCUUGCCAUUGCGCGGCGUGCGGUUUCCGAUGUUAACUUUCGAUACUCGUCUCGCGAUACAUACACACAUACAUCGUUCUUUGCCAACAAUAUGCCACCCGCGAAGCGAUAAUCGGCAGCUCGUGAACGCGAAGAAGAGAAACGCAAAGAGUCAGAAACAGAUCGGUGAUUCGAUCGAGAUCAACAAUUUGUAGGGAAUUUAAUCGAUUGCGGAAUACCAAGGGAGACUGGAAAAAGGAUAGAAAAGCGGUAGCAAAAUUUGGAUGGAUUACCGAUCCUUGGACCCUUCGUCUUAUAGCAUCCAUCGACGUCGAAUCGACAGCCGCACGUCGCGCCACGUCGCGCUGCACAUGUCACACUCGCCGAUGCACACUCUUGCCGUAUAAAACACUCCCCCGUUCACAGUCCAUCAUGAAUGCAAUUUAUUCUAACACUACAUACAUGUAUACAUACACAUAUACAUAUAUAUACCAUAUAUUAUACAAUAUACGGUUAUUAAUGAUAAUUAUAAUUACUCUUGUAUCUCUGCGCGAAUUUCUUACGAAAAUAUAACAUGACCAGUGACUG